UCUGUCGCGCGGCGGCCGGCAGGUCGUCGAACGACGCAACCAAUUCAGUGCGCGUCUCCAGCCCGUUGUGGUUGGACGUGUUUUCGUUUGAGGCGUAGGUCACCAUGUGCUCGAGAGAAGAUACAACGUGUUGCUACCUUGUCCUCGAAGAUGGAACUGUCUUGCAGGGCGAACCAUUCGGAGCUCCCGUAGAAACACAUGGAGAAGUUGUGUUCCAGACUGGCAUGGUGGGGUACCCCGAGUCCUUGACGGAUCCUUCCUACCACGCUCAGAUUUUGGUGCUCACGUAUCCUCUGGUGGGCAACUACGGAGUGCCCGGAGACGACACGGACGAAUUCGGACUACCCCGCCAGAACGCGCCAGUAACGUACAACCCGGGCGGCUCGCCGCGCAUCCUGGCGCUGGACUGCGGGCUGAAGACGAACCAGCUGCGGUGCCUGCUGGCGCGCGGCGCGUGCGUGGAGCGGGUGCCGUGGGACGCAGCGCUGGACGACGAGGCGCUGGCCUUCGACGGGCUCUUCCUCAGCAACGGCCCCGGCGACCCCGCGCUGUGCGACGCGGCCGUGCGCCGCCUGCGCGCGCUGCUGGCGCGGCCCCCCGCGCGCGACCGCCCUAUCUUCGGCAUUUGCCUCGGCCACCAGCUGCUCGCGCUCGCCGCCGGCUGCCGCACCUACAAGAUGAAAUAUGGCAACCGUGGCCACAACCAGCCUUGUCAAUUAAGAGACUCAUCACGUUGCUUCCUCACAUCACAAAACCAUGGAUUUGCAGUAGAUGCGGAAGCAUUGCCGGAAGGCUGGAUUCCACUCUUCACAAAUGCCAAUGACCUCAGCAAUGAAGGAUUAGUUCACGAAUCUCGUCCUUUCUUCAGUGUACAGUUUCAUCCCGAACACAACCCUGGGCCAGCUGAUUUGGAAUCACUUUUUGAUGUGUUUCUGGAGACAGUUCGUGAGAAACCUGAAAAGCGUGGUAGUAUGCUUGUGCGUUUACAAAAGCACCUGUUAGCUGGUGUGCCGGCAAUCAAUCCACCAGCUGACAUGCCUGUGAAAAAAGUGUUGGUUCUUGGUUCUGGAGGACUCUCGAUUGGCCAGGCUGGUGAAUUUGACUAUUCUGGAUCACAGGCAAUAAAGGCUCUGAAAGAGGAAGGUAUAACUACAGUCUUGGUGAAUCCCAAUAUUGCCACUGUACAAACAUCAAGAGGUCUUGCUGACAAAGUAUACUUCUUACCUGUGACACCAGAAUAUGUUGAGCAGGUCAUCCGAUCAGAACACCCAGAUGGUGUGUUGUUGGCAUUUGGUGGUCAAACUGCAUUAAAUUGUGGUGUGCACUUGCACAAAGCAGGUGUCCUUGAAAAGUAUGGUGUUCGUGUGUUAGGAACACCAAUUGACAGCAUAGUGGACACUGAGGAUCGAAAGAGAUUUGCAGAUCGUAUGGCUGAAAUUGGUGAACAAGUUGCACCAAGUGCUGCAGUGUAUUCUGUACAGGAGGCACUGGAAGCAGCAGAGAAGUUGCAGUAUCCUGUCAUGGCUCGGGCUGCCUUUGCUCUUGGAGGUUUGGGCUCAGGUUUUGCUCAUGACCCUGAUGAGCUGAGAUCCCUGGCUACACAAGCUCUAGCCCACUCCAGCCAACUCAUUAUUGACAAAUCUCUAGCUGGUUGGAAAGAAGUGGAGUAUGAAGUUGUCCGUGAUGCAUAUGAUAAUUGUGUUACAGUUUGCAACAUGGAAAAUGUGGAUCCUUUGGGUAUUCACACUGGUGAAUCAAUUGUGGUAGCUCCAUCACAAACUCUAACCAAUACAGAAUAUAACUUACUUAGGACAACUGCAUUACGAGUAGUGCGACAUUUAGGAGUUGUGGGAGAAUGCAACAUACAAUAUGCUCUUAAUCCAACAUCACGAGAGUUCUACAUUAUUGAGGUGAAUGCCAGACUCUCUAGAUCAUCAGCAUUAGCAUCCAAAGCCACAGGUUAUCCAUUGGCCUAUGUGGCUGCCAAAUUGGCAUUAGGGAUGUCACUGCCUUCAUUGCGCAAUGCAGCCACUUGGGCUACUACUGCCUGCUUUGAGCCUAGUUUGGAUUAUUGUGUUGUAAAAGUGCCCCGUUGGGAUUUGGCAAAAUUCCAACGAGUGUCUACUAAAAUUGGAAGCUCAAUGAAGAGUGUUGGAGAAGUAAUGGCAGUUGGUCGCCGUUUUGAAGAAGCAUUACAGAAAGCACUUCGAAUGGCAGAUGAAAGAGCAUCUGGCUUUGAUCCUCAGGCUCAUCCACUUUCAGAUGAGGAGUUGGAAUCUCCCACAGACCGCAGGAUAUUUGUAAUUGCUGCAGCUUUGCGUAGUGGUUAUACAGUGGACAGACUCUACCAGCAAACUAGUAUUGAUCAUUGGUUUCUCUGGAAAAUGAAAAAUAUAAUUGACACCCAAGCUGAGUUGGAAGCUGUAGGAUCAAUGACUGACUUGACUCCAUCCCUGCUUCGUAAAGCCAAGGAAUUAGGAUUCUCCGAUCAACAAGUUGCUGGAUGCGUCACCAGCACAGAACUCUCGGUUCGUUCACGCCGUCUUGAACAAGGAAUAACUCCUUGGGUAAAACAGAUUGAUACAGUGGCUGCUGAGUGGCCCGCAUCUACUAAUUAUCUCUAUCUCACAUACAAUGGCUCCCACCAUGAUGUCGCAUUUCCUGGAGGCCAUGUGAUGGUGUUGGGCUCUGGAGUGUAUCGUAUUGGUAGUUCUGUGGAAUUUGACUGGUGUGCAGUUGGCUGUUUAGCAGAACUACGUCGUUUGGGCUACAAAACUGUGAUGCAGAAUUAUAACCCGGAGACAGUGAGCACAGAUUUUGAUGCAAGUGAUCGUUUAUAUUUGGAAGAAUUAUCUCUUGAACGUGUACUGGAUGUGUAUUCUCUGGAAAUGCCUGAAGGUCUUGUAGUCAGUAUGGGAGGACAAUUACCAAAUAAUAUUGCCCUUGAUUUGCAUAGGCAAGGGUGUCGUGUUCUUGGCACAUCUCCUGAUUCAAUAGAUGGUGCCGAGAACCGAUUCAAAUUCUCUCGAAUGCUGGAUCGUGUAGGCAUAUCACAACCUAGAUGGAAAGAACUUACAAAUUUGGAGUCAGCAAAAGAAUUUUGUGGAGAAGUAGGAUAUCCUUGUCUUGUGCGACCAUCGUAUGUUCUGAGUGGAGCUGCAAUGAAUGUUGCACAUUCUCCUCAAGAUCUUGAAGCCUACCUUCGUUGUGCCUCUGAUGUUAGCAAGGAGCACCCUGUAGUUAUAUCAAAGUUUCUUCUGGAAGCAAAAGAAAUAGAUGUAGAUGCAGUUGCAGAUGAUGGUGUAAUAGUAUGUCUAGCUGUAUCGGAACAUGUGGAGAAUGCUGGUGUUCAUUCAGGUGAUGCAACUCUAGUAACACCUCCACAAGAUAUUAACUCUCAGACCUUAGCAAAAAUCAAGAGCAUAGCAAGAGCUGUUGCUGGAUCACUAGAAGUGACUGGGCCAUUCAAUAUGCAGCUCAUUGCAAAAGAUAAUGAGUUGAAGGUAAUAGAAUGCAAUGUGCGUGUAUCUCGAUCAUUUCCUUUUGUCUCUAAGACUUUGGAUUAUGAUUUUGUUGCCAUUGCCACACGUGUAAUUAUGGGGGAACGUGUGGAACCUGUAGAUGUUUUGGCUGGAUGUGGUCGAGUUGGAGUCAAGGUUCCACAGUUCUCGUUUUCCCGAUUAGCAGGAGCUGAUGUAAUGCUUGGAGUGGAAAUGGCUUCGACAGGUGAAGUUGCUUGCUUUGGAGAGAACAGAUAUGAAGCUUAUCUGAAGGCAAUGAUGUCAACUGGAUUUGAAAUACCACGAAAGAACAUAGUCCUGUCAAUUGGCUCUUUCAAACACAAAAUGGAGAUGCUUCCUAGUGUCAGACUGCUCCAUGAUAUGGGUUACAGUUUGUAUGGCAGUUCAGGGACUGCUGAUUUCUACAGGGAACAUGGUGUCCAGGUGGAGACGGUGGCGUGGUCGCUGGAGGAGCCGGGCGCGGGCAACGGCGCGGGCAGCGGCGAGGGCAACGGCGAGGGCUCGCGCCUGGGCGACUUCCUGGCGCGCAAGCACUUCGAGCUGGUGAUCAACCUGCCCAUCCGCGACGGCGGCGCGCGCCGCGUCUCCAACUUCCUCACGCACGGCUACCGCGCGCGCCGCCUCGCCGUCGACUACUCCGUGCCGCUCGUCACCGACGUCAAGUGCGCCAAGCUGCUCGUGCAGGCCUUGUGGCGCCUGGGGAAGCGGGCGCCGCGCGUGAAGCCGCACGUGGACUGCGUGACGUCGCGGCCGCUGACGCGCCUGCCGGGCUUCAUCGACGUGCACGUGCACCUGCGGGAGCCCGGCGCCACCCACAAGGAGGACUUCGCGUCGGGCACGGCGGCGGCGCUCGCCGGCGGCGUCACCAUGGUGCUCGCCAUGCCCAACACGGCGCCGCCCGUCACCGACCGCGCCACGCUCGCCAUGCUGGCGCAGGCGGGCGCGCGCUGCGACUACGCGCUGUUCGUGGGCGCGUCGGCCGACAACCACGCGCUGCUGCCGGAGCUGGCGCCGCAGGCGGCGGGCCUCAAGAUGUACCUGAACGAGACGUACAGCCAGCUGACGCUGGGCGACCUGACCGCGUGGAUCCGCC